CGGCCGAGGGCGUGCGGGAGGGUCCCUGACGCCGCGGGGCGGUGGCGCGGCGCGCCGGAAGUGACGAUUCGGCGCGUGCGCAGAUGGCGUGAGCGCGGGGCAGCGGCCGGCCAUGGCGGGGCAGGUGGUGUACCGGCGUGGGACCGGGCAGAGCGACGACUCGGAUGUGUGGGACGACACGGCCCUCAUCAAGGCGUACGACAAGGCGGUGGCCUCCUUCAGGAACGCUUUAAAGAAUGGUGAGUGUUCGGAGCCUUCGGACAAGCAGGAGCAGCGCCUGAGGAUGAAAAGAAAAAACAAUAAAAAGAACAGGAAUAGGAAGAAGAGCAACGCAGUGCCUUGGAAACAGGUCACCUCACCUGUAGACGCUAGCAAUUGGAAAGUUGGUGACAGCUGCAAUGCUGUUUGGUCUGAGGAUGGUAAUGUGUACCUAGCAACUAUUGCCUCCAUCAAUCAGAAGAGAGGCACAUGUGUUGUUACUUACACGGGAUACGGAAAUCAGGAGGAGCAGAACCUGUCUGAUCUACUUCCUCCAGCCAGUGAUGAAACAGUAAAUGGGAUGGGGAAUUUUGGGGAGAAUGAAAAUGAAACACCAUAUUCAACAGAUGAAAGUGAAAAAUCUUCUCAGUUACCUCGAAUCAAAAACAACUGCACAAAAGCAAGAUUCUCCCCUCAAAAUUUUCAUUUUCUCUCACCACCAUCAACCCCAGGCCUGGGAAGGCCUGGAUCAAAAUUCAAGGCACUUCCAUCAUUGUUAUCUUGCUGGCCCCCACCCUUACCAGUAGGACCACCAUUGAUUCCUCCUCCACCACCUAUGACACCAGACUCUUCUGAGGAUGAUGAAGCAUUGGGGAGCAUGUUGAUAGCCUGGUACAUGAGUGGUUAUCACACUGGGUAUUAUCUGGGUUUAAAACAAAGUCGAAUGGAAGCAGCACUGGAGAGACAAACACAUGCAAAAUAAUUGAAUAUCCAUCAUUGCUUUGAGGGAUUCCAGGUACAAAUCUUUCCCACUGAGAGGUGUAUAUCACACACUGAUGGUAGAUGGUGAAGAUCAUUAUGAAGACAAUGAAUUCUGACAUUUUCUUAAACAUUGACUUGUCCUUGAUAACAAAAACCCAACUUGAGACUAGUAACUAUAUGUGUAUUGAAAUGAGCUAUUUCUUGAAGACCUCUAGUCAAAUGUAUUUAGAAAGCAAUGCAGCAAUAAAAUAUUUUUCAAUUCCCUGCA